AUGCAGCAAUGUUUGUGAAAGAAGGCUUGUCCAAUGUCUCCGCUCUCCUUGUGGAUGAAGAAACUGAUAGGCUGUUUGUUGGAGGCAGGGAUGUAAUAUCUGCCCUUGAUUUGAAUAACGUUUCCAGAGAAACUGCCAGGGUAAGUGAAGGACCUGCCUUUAUUUUCAGCCUUUUUUCAAAUCAAAGCAAAACUUUGACUGUGGAUUUAUUUAUUUGGAUGUAAUAUGCUGAUUUUAACAUAUAUAAUUUUACAUUUCAAAUCCUGAAGCUUUAUUGCUAACUCUUAUUUUUGAAGCCCCUUUUAUACCUCUAUCCAGAUUGUUUUUUACAGCACCUUGCACUUUACACAGGUAUCUAGAAAAGUGCUUAUUUACCUCAGUCUAUUCAGUGUUAAGUUUCCUUUGAUUUUCUUUUUACGCGUAAUUUUGAGCUAAGUUUUGCAGCAUACCAACUAAGAAGUCCAUUCUGUAGGAACACUGGUUUGCUACACAGGAAAGACAACUGGAAUGUAUUCGUAGAGGCAAGGACAAGAUAAGGUGCCAAAACUACAUCCUCGUCCUGCGUAAGAUCAAUGAUUCCCUCCUGUAUGUCUGUGGGACAAACGCCUAUCACCCGCUGUGUGACCACAUGGUAAUUAGAUUUGAAUGUGGGUUUUACUUGACGGAGCUCAAGUUGUGGCAGAUUCUUAAACACCUUUCUAAGAAUGUUUCAGUUGAAAAUUCGAAACUCUCCUGGUUCUCUCAUAAACACGUGAAACACCAAGAAAACGUUUGCCCAGAUGCUGUUUCUUUUUGCACGAGAUUCACAUUUCUUUACUUCUGUGAUCGUUUUCCUUUAAGUGCAUUUGCCAGUUGUUAAUUCAUUGCCAAUUUGCCAAUGUUAAUACACUGAAAGGAUGUUUUCUUCAUCCUAUCAAAGUGAUUGCUUGCCUUAGGUUAUCCAGAGGACAAAGAUGCAUUUGCAAGGAAGAGCUGAAGAGAGCAGAGGGAAGUGUCCUUUUGAGCCAACUCUGAAAUAUGCAGCUGUUUUUGUAGAUGGGGCAUUUUACUCAGCUACUUCAAAUAAUUUCUUGGGAACAGAACCUAUAAUACUUCGCAGCAUGCAAAAUCCUGUAAGAACAGAAUUUAAAACGUCUUGGCUAAAUGAACCAAGCUUUGUUGGCAUGGAAAUAGUACCUGAAAGUGAGUUUAGUCCAGAUGGAGAUGAUGAUAAAAUUUAUGUGUUCUUCACUGAAACAGCUGUUGAGUUUGAAUUCUAUGACAAGAUUCUGGUGUCGAGAAUUGCCCGAAUCUGCAAAGGUGACCUUGGUGGGAAGCGCUUACUGCAGAGAAGAUGGACUUCGUUUUUAAAAGCCCGACUUUCCUGCUCCAUUCCAGAACUCGACUUCCAUUUCAAUAUCAUUCAGGACAUCUUUUUCCUUAGGAGAGAGAAGUGGCAGGACAGCAUCUUUUACGGAAUUUUUUCCCAGCAGUGGGGCAGGUUGGAUGUAUCAGCUGUGUGUGCGUACAGCAUGGCAGGCAUUCAGGAAGCCUUCUCCAAAGGAAGCUACAGGGGCCCCAUAGCUGUGGAGCAUUCCCACGUUAGAUGGAUGGCCUUUAGAGGAGAGGUGCCAGUUCCACGUCCUGGUGCUUGUAUUGAUAAUUUUGCCCGGAAUCUGGGGUAUAAUACAUCUUCUGACCUGCCUGACAAAGUCCUGCAGUUUGCUAGAGAUCACCCUCUGAUGGAUGGCGCUGUAAAUCCGGUCGGUGGUAGGCCAGCACUGCUGAAGAGGAGCUCAAACUACACCAGGAUUGUGGUAGACAGAGUUACUGGCCUGGAUAAGCAGACCUACGAUGUUAUGUUUCUAGGAACAGAUGAUGGAUAUUUGCAUAAAGCUCUCAAUUGCGAUGGAGAAAUGUUCAUUGUGGAAGAGCUGCAGCUGUUUCUGUCCCCUGAGCCUGUGCAGUUCCUGCAGCUGUCUGCUAAAAAGGGGAUGCUCUAUGUGGGGUCCCUGUCUGCAGUGCUGCAGCUUCCAGUUUCGGGCUGCCAGCGCUACAAGCACUGCUUGGAUUGCGUCCUGGCCAGGGACCCGUACUGCGCCUGGUCUCAGGCUGCCCGUGCGUGUGUUCUGCUGCCACAUCAGCCUGCUGAUACACAGAAUUUAAUUCAAAAUGUGAAAUAUGGGGAUGCUUCCGGCUGCCUUAGUGCAGAGAAUGAUGUGAGAAAACACCUCUUUACUCUUGGAAACAAUGUUCAUCUUAAAUGUGUUCCUCUUUCAAAUCUGGCAAGAGUAGUGUGGAAGUUCAACGGGAGCCGAAUUCGGGAUAAGGACUCUAAAUACCUCCUGUAUGAUGGAGGCAUAGCAAUACUUAAUGCGACAGCGGCUGAGACUGGAUUCUAUGAUUGCCUCUCAGUAGAGACAUCCAGAGCAAAGGAAUUCUUUAUCACUGUGGCCCGUUAUGCCCUUUAUGCACAGCAGAGUACAGAGAAGGCAAAUGUUAAUGCUGCAACAGAUGGCAAUAACGAAGGAGAAGCUGUGGGAUUUCAGUCCUCAGUAUCAACUUAUUUACUGAAAGACGCACCAAAACAGAAAUUUGUGGGCAGCCAAAAGGAGAAUCUUGUUUUAAAACUCCUGGGUGCAGGUUUUGCUCUUCUUUUCUUUUUCUUGUUCAUUUGGAAUUUCUACAAGGGCCAUAUAUCUCUGCCUUGGAGGAUCGGAGAGACCAGCUCCAAAGACACCAGUGCAGACUUGGAAAAUCCAGAACUGACCACAGAAAGAUCAGGGGCUGUAAGAGAGAGCUCAGCAGUACAAGCAGACGUGCCUUGUCUUAAUGAAUAAAUGCUUGUGAGUUUUCCUCAAGGAGUGCAGCGCAGUGCAGUGUGUGCAGCUCGUGGAGCUGCUUGCUUCAGAUGAGGUUUCCUGCUAAGGAAUGUGGAAUGUCAAUUUGGGUAGGAGUCAGAAGCUCAGAACUGAAGGUGACAAGCAGCAUUGCGCGUCGCACAGUCGUGUUAGCAGCUGGUACUUUUAAAAGCAAAAUGCCUUUUUGACACAUUAGAACCAUAAGAAAAAAAUUUUUUUUUUAAUCAAAAAUUGACACUGAUCCACUUUUUUGUAUUGUUGGAGUCGCCCAAUUACAGAAGUUAAUACUUCAGAAGCUAAUAAUACUUAGCAUUUAGUGCCUUUCACCUUCAGACUUUGUGUUUAAUCUACGAAUAGCAACUAAUUAAGUCUCCCAAUGUCCCGAGAGGUUGCUACUAGCCUCAUUUUUCAUCAGGUUAGAUUACUUGUCACUGACCAUAGUAUUGGUGUCAGAUCCAAUGCUUUGUUAGAAGUCCCUGAGUUGUCUUCACAUCUUUCUCUAUUUUCCUCUCUUUUCUCUUUAUUUAACUGUUUUUAAAACUUCCCAUACAUUUAUUUUUCUAAUGUGCUUUUAGUGAUACUGUGAUGCAUCUUUUUUGUGCAGAAGAGUCGUGAACUGACGUAAAUACUGGCUAAAUUGUUGGGGAUUUAUUGCUGAGGUUUGGUCAGAACUCCAGCUGUGCAGCUCCUUUUGUUAAAGGAGCUGAAAGUUGAAUUGCAAGUUGCAUUGAAAAGUUGAGCACUUUUUUUCUGAAAGUCUUUUUCAUUUUUUCAAAUAAAAGUUCUC